AAGUGCAGCUCGUUGGACCACUAACGUCAACUUACCGAAAUUCAUCUCCUGCUUAAACCUUUUCGCAUAGAGAGGUCUACACACUCACGCAAAUCCGAGGGAAGACCCAAUGAUAAGAGCGCUACUGCUUGUACUACAGACAAUAGCAAGCAAGCUCAAUCCUGGAGGACGAAGCUCGAGUCCAUGGCUGACAGCAGUGCUAGCUACUUUCGACCCCGACAGCCUGACAGAGAAUCCGGCAUCGAUCAGCAGGGGUUUACGCAGGGAUCGACCGGGGCAAGGCUCUAGUCUCCGACACUGUCGGCAGCGCCCCCUAAUCGCCGCUCGCAUAGCUAUCGAUGACGGCCCUCAUCAAUGACAGGUCUACCUUGGCGGAAACCCUAUAGCGCUUCUCUUUGUCUGAAGUCUGGCGCAUCAUGAGCUCGACCA